AUGUCGAAACGGACUCUGGGAGGAGGAAGAGUGCUUGGGAGUGGAAGAUCGCUAAAUCCCGCCCUGCCGACACCAACCACGAGUCGUCCCUCAAACGUCCAUUCUCCAUCGACGAGCAGCGUCUCCCUCAACUCGCAAGCGUCGGCUUCACAGAUAUCAUCGGACACACAGGACAUAGUCUCGAGGAUAUCGUUAGAAAAUGGAGAGUCUUCGAUAUCCAGAACAGCAGCCGUCGGUGCUGGCACCAACCUAGCAUGCCCAAUCUGCAGUGAGGAAAUGGUUACUUUACUGCAGCUGAACAGACACCUCGAUGAUGCCCAUCGAAACCUCGAGGACGAACAACAAGUUGAAGUGAAGGACUGGUUUCAGAUCCAGGUGGAGAAAGCGAAAAAAUUUCAACCGCUGGCCGUAUUGAACCAGAAGUUGAAAGGCCUGGAUGUCUUCGAGUCGAACAGUAACCCGCAAUUCACACCCUCCGCUCCCGUUCGAGCCUCGUCGAAAGGAUUCGCAGACCCCCCGAAGAUUAUGGACCCGGACGAACUAGUGACAAGGGCGCACUGGCAGCAACGUACUUUGUACGAUGUAUGCCUAGAGCCCAUGUGUGAGAAACGACUUACCGUGACAACCGGUUGCGUGAACUGCCGCAAAUGCGGACGGCUCUUCUGCGAUGAACACACAAUGUAUCAAAUGAAAUUAUCCCGGUCCGCGCAUCACGAGCCGGUCCGUGGUCUAUGGUGCCGGGUUUGCGAAACUUGCUACAAGUCUAGAGAAGGCUACAAUGACAAGAAUGACAAGGCGUUCCUAGAAGUCUCCCGGUUGGAGAAGCGACUCAGUCGACUAACGCAGCUGCUUGCUGAACUUCCUCUUGAACAAGUCCAAUCGGGAGCAAGCAAAAGAUGGUCGUUUGCUUGGCAGGGUGAUCGGAGGAAACAAAUAGAACAAUCUAUCGUGAGCUGGCAAGACGAUGCUAGCGUUCUAAGAUGCCCCUUUUGUCAACAGGAGUUCACCACAUAUACAUUCCGACGGCAUCAUUGCCGGACUUGUGGUCGUGUCGUUUGUGGUGACCCAAACACUGAAUGCUCAUCUGAAAUUGGAUUAGAUGUGGCUACUGACACAUCUCGCCUGUCCGAGAAGCCUGCAACGCCGGGUAAACUCAGCAUAGACGUUCGGCUUUGCAGGGAAUGCAAGUCCACUUUAUUUGAUAAACGGGACUUUGCGAUAGAUAUCAAUAGGGAGCCCGCCGAUGCCCGAGCAUACAAGAAUCUUAUACAGUUCGAACGGGGCAUCCGGCUCCUACUACCUCGAUUUCAAAGGCUAUUGGGCGCGCUCCAAGAUCCCGAGAAUCCUCCCUCUCCCGCCCAGUUGGCUGAAGCGUCAAAAGUACGCAAACGCCUAAUUGACUCGUUCGCACAGUAUGACGUUGCUGCCCGUCGAAUUCGUGAUCUCCCCACCGACUCUCCCACGCAAUCCAAACUUCAAAAGUCUAUAUACCACCAAGCUACAAGUUUCCUUCACCUUCACAUGCUUCCUUUAAAAACUUUACCAAAGAUCCUCAAGCACGCGACCCCUCAUGGCAGAUAUCCAGAAGCCGGAUCCACUAACCCACCAACCCCUCGUGCUUUGGCAGCAAUUAAAUAUGGACGGCAUCAGAACCCCCACAGACAUAACAACAGCAUAGCAAGCCUCACAAGCGAGAACAGUAGCGCUUUGUCCGCUCUAGAGACCGAAGAAAAGGCCCUUCGCGAGCAGAUUAUUGUACUGGAAGAACAGAAAUUCCUGGUCUCAGAGAUGGUUGCUGACGCCAACCGUAGAAGGAAGUUUGACGAGGCUAAGAGUCUUGCUAUAAACGGAGAAGAUUUGGGGAAGGAGAUUGAUAAACUCAAUGGGAUGCUGGGCCAGUUAGAUUUUGCAGGGGUAUAUCUUAAUAAUGGUGAUAUUACCGCAGUGCAAGAUCAAGCUUGA